ACGCACAUCUGCGAGACGGCGCGCUUCAGCAUGGGCAUCUUCGUGCUCUGCGCCAGCGCCUGCAUCCCUCUGCAUGACCACCCGGGCAUACAGGGGCUGCUGAAGGUCCUCUACGGCACCCUCCACAUUGCCUGCUUUGACGAGCAGCCCAAGGAGCCCCAGGAUGCCCCCGACGCCGCUGCUUCCGCCGACGCCUCUGAGGCCGCCUCUUGCCCCAGCCGCCCUUGCCGCUUGCACACCUUGCUCUGCUUGCACCGCCUCUACACGGCCUCCACGCCACCCUGCCUGCUCUCCCCGCAGCGGGACAACCUGCACCAGAUCGCAGCCGAGGGUGCCCGGCCCACCGCCUUCCUCUACCUCCUGGCGCCGCCCUACGACCCGGCCUGCCACUACUACCGGCUGGCUGACGGGCAGAGCCUCCCGCCUGCAACCAGCCCUCCGUGUGCUCUCUGGCUGCUGGAGAUCCCACAGGCGCCUGACUUCUGGUGUGGCAGGGAGCCUUACCCAGGCCCCUGA